AUGUACGGACUCCUUGCCUUUAUUACACUACCUUGGGUAAUUGCUCACCCUCGGUUAUUCAUGGUAGCAGCAGCUGCCGCUGCAUACUUCAUGCACUCGACCGGCCGGACCCUUCAGGACGUACACGCGGACAUAACCUCCCGGGUAGCUGGCAUUCUACCCGAAGACCUUCGAAGAGAUGACGUUUUCUGCGACCCAAUGACGGUCGUCUUUCUUCACCUGUUCGUCUUCCGGUAUUUGCGUCUCCUCGUCCAUCUUAUCUCCUUCUGGCUCUUCUACCAUCCUACCCCUGUCCCCAAAAACCCUACCCUUUUCCCAUCUGACUGCACAAUCAUCCUCCCCACCGUUGAUCCCGAGAACAGAGACUUUGAAGAGUGUAUCAUCUCAUGCCUUCGGAACAAACCAGGUGCCAUCAUCAUUGUUACUGUUGGAGACCAACUGACGAAACUGACCAAAGACAUCAUCGCCCCCUACAAGCGGAGAUUCCCGAGUACCGAGAUCUCUGUCAGAACCGCCGACGAAGCAAACAAGCGCCGACAGACGAAGAUCACCGUCCUGCUCGAUGACCACGUCUUCUGGCCCACCGAACGCUUCCUCCCGACCAUCCUGGCGCCGUUCGAAGACCCGAAGGUGGGCAUCGUCGGAACGAACAAGCGCGUCCGCCGUACCAACACGGGGUUCAACAUCAGAUCGUUCUGGAACAUGCUUGGUGCGCUAUACCUGGAACGACACAACUUUGAGAUCCGUGCCACUAACGCGAUUGAUAAUGGCGUGUUUGUCGUUUCCGGCCGCACGUCUGCGCAUCGGUCCGAGAUCCUCAAGAAUCCCGAGUUCAUGGCCGAGUUCACGAACGAGAGAUUCUUCUUCGGGUUGUUUGGUCCCCUGAACGCGGACGAUGACAACUUCAUCACCCGCUGGGAUGUCCGGCACGGGUGGAAGGUCAAGAUCCAGUACUGCCCCGACGCAAUGAUCGAGACGACCCUGGGUACGUAUCCCAAGUUCCUCUCUCAGUGCCUGCGCUGGGUCAGAACGACCUGGCGCAGUAAUUCCGCCAGCUUGUUCACUGACAGGACGGUCUGGUAUACCCAGCCAUGGUGCGUGUACGCCGUCUACUGGACCUCGUUCGUCAAUUUUGCCCUGUUCUACGACGGUGCGUUGGCGUAUACCCUGCUCAAAAGCCCGCUCGGAACCGCCGAUAACCUGAAAUAUCUCGCGGCCUGGAUCUUCUGCACGAAGAUGGUCAAGCUAACGCCGUACUUUCUCCGCGAGCCCCAGGAUCUCGUCAUGCUGCCGGGCUAUUUUGCCUUUGCCUACUUCCACAGUCUGAUUAAGCUGUAUGCGGGGUUGACCUUCUGGGAGACUAACUGGGGAGGCAGGAACCUGUCGGCCGUCAAUAACCAACCUGGUGGCGGCCCCGAUGACGACGACGACGCUGACGACAGCAGCGACGAUAGUGUCGACGGCGGCGUGCAGCUUCCGCCUACUCCGCCUUCAUUACGCCGGAGACAGACAGCCGGUAGUUCCAGCGCGGGCCGCGGAGGUAAUGCUUCGGGAUCUAAUCGCGUACAGUCUAGGACUUCCACCGUCGGCACCAAGGCACCACGGAAAACGCAGGCUCAACCUAGGACUAGAGUGUCGUCUUCAAGCACGUCGAGCACAUCAAGCAGCACCUCGUCGAAAUGGCAGCGAUGUCCCGGUUGUCGGAAGUUGCAUUCUGAUUCGGGUACUGUGUGCCAAGUCAGGGAUGUAUGGGGUCGAUAA